UGACAUCCUGACAGAUAAGGACUGUGAGCAUGUGUACGAGUUGGUGUAUUCCAGUCACCGAGCUGUAGCCCAGGCAGCUGGUGAGUUCCUCAACGAGCGGCUGUUUGUACCUGAGGAUGUUGGAGCCACAAUACGGACUAAGCGGGGCAAGAAACGGCUCCCCAAUACACCCCUCAUCCGGGACUUGGUCCAGUUCUUCAUUGAGUCUGAGUUACAUGAACACGGAGCAUAUCUAGUGGACUCUCUCAUUGAGAGCAAUGACAUGAUGAAAGACUGGGAAUGCAUGACGGACUUGCUCUUGGAAGAGCCUGGUAUCCAAGAAGAGCCCCUGGACGACAGGCAGGAGACCAGUCUGAUAGAGCUGAUGGUAUGUUGUGUGCGGCAAGCAGCCAUGGGGGAAGCACCGGUGGGUAGGGGUCCAAACAGAAAGAUUCCGUCAGUAAAAGAGAUCAAACAGGUUCAAGAUGAUAAGCAGAAGCUUACAGAACACUUUAUCUCCACUCUGCCGCCUCUCAUCGACAAGUAUCGGGCCGAUCCUGACAAGCUUGCCAACCUCAUCUCCAUCCCGCAGCACUUUGACUUGGAGAUCUACACAACCUCCAGACAGGAAGCAAAUUUAGACCUGUUGCUGAAGAAGUUACAUCAGGUGGUGGAGAAACACCAUGAUACAGAUGUGCUGGAGACGUGUGCUAAGACACUGGAGGUGUUGUGUACAGACGGCAAUGCUAUCUACACCCGGUGCGAUGUACAGCGCAGUACUCUAGUCGAUACCAUUGUCAACAAGUACAAGGAGGCCAUGGAUGACUGGAACUGCCUCAUCGAAGGGGCUGAAACACCAGACGAUGAUGAGACGUUCAGUGUUGUCAACAGCCUUAAGAAGGUGGCAAUUUUCUACUCUUGUCACAAUCUGGGCAGCUGGAACAUUUGGAGCAGUCUUUUCAAGGAUGUGGUGGAAGCUAAGGAUGGCAACAGAACACUACCGGAAGAGGCGGUGAAGUACUGUAUCUCAGCCUGCUACUUUGGCAUUCUGUGGGACCUGCACCACCUGGAAGAGCUGGCGGAGAGUGGUGCUGAUGCUUGCAAGGAAGUCAAAGUCAAGCUUGUGCAGUUCUUGGAGACUAUGAAGGAGAUGCUCACCAUGGAGAGCAACCAGCUAUACAAGGAGGAGGCAUAUGUGACAAUAUGUGAUCUUCUGGUGGUGUUCUGCAACCAGUUGUUUACUAAUCCCAACCCCCUGCUUGGCGACCUGGUAUAUGAGGCAGACAAGUCACUUCAAGCCAUGCUCAACGACUUCAUCCAGAACAAUGUGUUCGUUUACCAAGAGGAAGGUCGCCCAAAUGAUGAACAAGAUGAACAUUCUAAGAUAGAGGAGCUGCACAAAAGACGCAACUUCCUGGCCUCCUACUGCAAGCUCAUCGUGUACAGUAUGAUGCCAACGUCAUGUGCCGCAGAUGUCUUCAAGCAUUAUGUUAAGUCCUAUAAUGAUUAUGGGGACAUAAUCAAGACAACACUGGGCAAGGCCAGAGAGAUCAACAAGACCAAUUGUGCACGCACCAUGCUGACCAGUCUGACAUCACUGUUCCGGGAGCUGCAGAAGGAGGUGGGCCACCUACGCAUCAAUCGCCAGCUGGAGGAGUUUAGUAGUCUAAAGGAAUUGGCCAAGAGGUUCGCUCUGUCAUUUGGACUGGAUGCUAUCAAGAACCGGGAGGCCAUCACAGCGCUGCAUCGUGAGGGAAUACUGUUUGCUGUAGAGAGAGCCGAAUAUGUGGAGGACCCCACUGGCCCCCCACACAAUCUGGCCUUCCUGGAGAUUCUCACAGAGUUUACCAACAAGCUGCUCAAGCAGGAUAAACGCAUCGUACUGAACUACUUGGACCGUAGACUGACAGCUGGGAUGCCCUCCAGUAGAGGAGAGGAUUGGCAACCGCUGCUGCUUUACAGGAACAGUCUCGUACACGGUGAGACUGACCAACCUCUUGUCACGUCCAAGCGGGCGUACUACCGCAAGAAGAAAGAAGCAGAUGAUGAAAUGGACGAGAUAGAUGAUAUGUCAGACCAGGAAUUCAGUAUGGGACACCUGCCGCCGCUACUGGAAGACAGUACAAAACCCACAAAGAAGCGAAGGAGAGGACCAAUGCCAAGACUGGACUUUGCGGGUGUGCUGAAGGAUGCCGACUCUGAGGAGCAGCAUCACCACAUGACAAUUACAUCGUCACGGCCCCAGCGCCAGUGCGCUCGAUUCGCCUUCAGCUAUGUGGAGCGUGAUGAUGAUGAAGAGAGCAUCAUAAUGUAAACAUAAAUAUGACUCAAUCGAUCCAUUCAAGUUUUGAGAAUUGAUCUAAAACAUUAAUUGUGUCCAUACUGUGAAGAUUAUCUUUGUAUAAUAAGUAUCUUUGA